AUGCUUCACUCUGGAUUUUCCGGAAGCCUGGCACCGCAUCAAUCAAUAUCUAGAGGGCAAUUGAUUGGCGUUUCUGAUACACCAGCUUGUAACGCAGCUCCUGGAAUUUUAAAGGUGCGGUACACAAGGAGAAGUCCAUUAGAUGUCUACGCGGAUGCAAACAACUUUACUCCCGGUCCUUCAAACAAUGAAGGUUGUGACGAUCCUGUUGACAUUAAUAGUAAUGUUGCAAGAUGGAAACAACAGGAUAAUAGUAAUGCUAUUUCCUGA